GACUUAUACGGUGUAAAAAUUACAAAUAGUAGAAGAAAAUUGCAAAAAAUAAGUUCUUUAUGGAAUGGCAGUCCUUUCAAGAUCCGGUUAGGAAGGCGAUUGUGGAACAGAAAAUUGAGCCGAAAGGACGCAAAUCUAAUUGGAUGUCCAUAGAGGAGGGUGUACGUCGCAUGAGAAACGAACUCUUUGCAUUCCACUCCGGUGAGAUUGGUACGGUUUAUCAACUUGUGCAAGAUACAUAUUUCGAGGAGGAGAAGUGCGGUUUAACCGAGAUCGAUUUCCUAAAUGUCCUAUAUCCGCUUUUGGCGAUCCAAAAGCGAUCACCUUACUUAGAGAUAAUAAAAACUGGAGCUCUAAAAUUACGAGAAUACGGACUCAAGUAUCGCGCGGAGUAUCGCUUGUAUACGAGAAAACCAUUGUGCGCGAGUCAGACCAGCUUCAUCACUAUCGGAUUCACAGAAUGUUACUUCGCGCUAGUCACAAUGGGCUACGGGGUACUCUUCUCGGUAAUGGUGUUGGCGUUCGAGUUAUUGUGGCACAAGAG